GGCUACAAAACGUGUCUGUCCGAUGCGAGCCUCUGGGAGCGAAAACACCGGACACAGGAGACGUCACACCUCUCGGAUUACUGAAGGAGUUGGUAAAUUGACGGAUUUGUGUUAAUAUGGGGCGGGCCGGUACCCGACGUCGUUACCAUGACGACGGCAUCUCAGAUGAGGAGAUUGAUGGAAGGAGAAUGUUUGACCUGGAGGAGAAAGUCCACAGUCAGAGGUUCAGCUCUGACAGGAUCCUGCGCAUGGAAGGAAGAGACUUAACAUAUGAGUUCAUCCAGAAAGGCGGCCUGAGGGACCCAAUCAUCUUUGAGAAGCCUGAUGGACUGGGAAUCAAGAUGCCCGAUGCUGACUUCAGUGUUAAUGACGUCAAGAUGUUUGUUGGCAGCAGACGUAUGAUAGAUGUGAUGGAUGUGAGCACUCAGAAGGGGACAGAGAUGUCCAUGGCCCAGUGGACACGUUACUACGAGACGCCUCCGUCUCAGAGAGAGAAGCUCUAUAAUGUCAUCAGCCUGGAGUUCAGCCACACUAAGCUGGAGAACCUGGUCCAGAGACCUGCCACGGUAGAUCUAAUAGACUGGGUGGAUAACAUGUGGCCUCGUCACCUGAAAGAGAGACAGAGAGACUCAACCAACUCCAUCACCGACAUGCAAUACCCCAAAGUACAGAAAUACUGCCUGAUGAGUGUCGAGGGCUGCUACACAGACUUUCAUAUUGACUUUGGAGGGACCUCUGUAUGGUACCACAUACUCAGAGGCGGCAAGGUGUUCUGGCUGAUCCCCCCCACCCCUCAAAACCUGGAGCUCUAUGAGAACUGGGUGCUGUCGGGGAAACAGGGAGACAUUUUCCUUGGAGACCGAGCAUCUGACUGCCAGAGGAUUGAGCUGAAGCAGGGCUGCACCUUCAUCAUACCUUCAGGUUGGAUUCAUGCCGUCUACACCCCUGUGGACUCUAUGGUUUUUGGAGGAAACUUCCUGCACAGCUUCAACAUCCCCAUGCAACUUAACAUCUGUAAUAUAGAAGACAGAACGCGGGUUCCUUUGAAGUUUCGUUACCCCUUCUACUACGAGAUGUGCUGGUACGUGUUGGAGCGCUACGUCUUCAGCAUGACAAAGACCUCCUACCUCACACCAGAGUUUCAGAAGCACACGCUGGGCAUUGGUCUGACGAAGCCGCCCGGCUCAGAUCAAGCCAGUGAGCAGGUGAAGGAAGAGGAAGACGAGGAGGAGGAGGUUGGCAGUGACGAAGAUGCCUCAGAGCAGAAGUCUGACAAGCCUGCAGUUAAAGUUCAUUUGACCACCCUUGAGCUGGAGGGAAUGUGGAACCUGCUGGGUAAACUGGAGACUCUGCCCUCCAACAAGAAGUGUGUCCCAGCAGGCAUACACAACGCCCCGGCACUCAUCACGCACAUCAAGGCUCUACUGAAGGAACAUGCCACUGACAAUCCCAAACUGUCCUACACAGGAAAACCCAUCGUCAAGUGGCCAAAGAGACCCUCAUGGUACCAGCCUCCUCCUCCUCCACCACCACCUCCUCGUGCUAAGUUCUCCUCCACUCCCAUCAUCCCACGACCACAGAAACCAGCCUCCUCCAUGUCAGUGCUGAGACGGCGCAGGGUCAGGUGUAAGCGCUGUGAAGCCUGUAUGAGACCAGAGUGUGGAGACUGUAACUUCUGCAGAGACAUGAAGAAGUUUGGGGGACCAGGAAAACUCAAGCAGACCUGUGUGCUCAGACAGUGUCUCUCUCCGGGCCUUCCUCUCUCUGCAGUAUGUGAGCUCUGCAAGGAGCCCAAUCAGGAGGAAACUGGAGACCCUUCCCUCACUCUGAUGGAAUGCUCCAACUGUGCGCAGAUAGUCCAUCCUGCCUGCCUCACGGUUCAGGGUGAAGGAGUGGUGAAUAAAGACCUGCCUAGUUGCUGGGAGUGUCCGAAGUGUGUCCAAGGGAUUACUGACCCUGAGCAGUCUAAAGGAGACAAAGGUGAAGGUCUUCCAGCGAAGCGGAAAUCUUCCACCCUGCUGGAUGCUCGCAUUGCUAAGAUUUACCGACGACAGAGACACAGCCGCGACGACGACGACUCUGCCAGUGAUGAUGAUGAUGAUGAUUAUGAUGAUGAUGAAGCCUCUCGGAGAAGAAAGAAUACUCUCCACUCCCGAGUGGGGAGCCACUCUUCCAGGAGGGGGUUUGGUGCCAACAGGAGAGGCCUGCUGAGAGGCGGCUCGGCCCACAAAGGAAACAGAGGGCCCAUGACUGGCUCCUCCUCACUCCUCAAGCUAAAGCGAGGGAUUGGCAUGAGGGAGGGAGUACGGAGGGGAAGAGGGGUGAGGCUGAGGGGAGGCUCCAAGAUGCAGCGAAGAGGAGACGAAUCCGAGGAGUCGGACGACGACGACGACGAGGAUGACGACGACGAGGAUGAAGAAGAGGACAGCGAAGAAGGAGACAAAGAACGACUGCAUCGCCGGCGUAGGAGGCGCAGGAAUGAUGACGAUGACGAUGACGAUGAUGAUGAUGAUGACGAAGACGAUGAAGAUGAGGACAGUGAGGGGCAGGAGUUUGACCCUGAAGAGGAGGAGAUGGACACGCUGGAAGAUGAAGAGGACGACGAGGAGGAAGAGGUGGAGGCAGAAGGCCACUGGGAUUCAGACCCAGAACCUCCAGUCCUCCUGGUGUCCGAUCUGAAUGAUGACCUCAUGAGUGGCUCCUACCUGACUGUCACUCUGCAGCGCCCCCACAAGGCCACGCGACACUCUGGCUCCAUAGUUCCAAAGCUAGAAGCAGCCAUGGGUCUGAGGACAGCAGGCGGUGGUCAGCAGGGCUUCAUCCAGAGAAAGACUGCUCUGUCCAAAGCUUCACGACUCAGGAGCGCUGAUACCACAGCUGACGGCUUAACCCCAAGAGGACCUGGCAGGCCACGUCUGCGGGGUAACAGAGGCCCUAGAGAUCACUCUGCGACGACUUCAGAGGAAGAGGGAACCACCGCUCCGUCUGCUACCUCCACCCUGACCCUGCCGUCCCUGCUGUCCUUGCCGUCCUUUAAGGACGUAGGCAACGACAGAGGAGGGGAGAAGGAGGUGUGGGUAUCUGUGUUCAAGUACCUGAACAGAGCCGAGCUGUUGGCCUGCAUGACCGUCUGUAAGGCCUGGUACAAGUGGAGCUGUGACAAGCGCCUGUGGAGCCAUGUGGACGUGAGUCGGUGCAGCCCGCUCAGUAACCAGGCCCUGGCAGGCAUCAUUAAACGCCAGCCCACCUCUCUGGACCUGUCCUGGACCCCCCUGGCCAAGAGACAGCUUAACUGUCUGCUAACAAGGCUCCCAGGUCUGAGGGAGUUAAGGGUCACUGGUCUGUCCUGGUCAUGCAUGUCAGCGAUGGUCUCUCCCACUCUGCCCUACCUGCGGCUUCUGGACCUGCGCUGGUGUGAAGGCCUUAAAGAUGCCCAGAUUAAAGAGAUCAUCAUCCCGCCUGGUUCCGAGUUGUCCCGCAGCAGACUGAGGAACAUGGUGACACUGCGUCUGUCCGGUCUGGACGUCAGUGAGUCAACUCUGAGGCUGCUUCAGCGCCACAUGCCCCAGCUGGAGAGACUAGACCUGGCUCACUGCAAGAACAUGGCAGACUCGUCUAUUGCCAUGCUGGCAGCAGCCGGUACUCACACCCGCAACGGCCUCACUGAACUCACACUGGCAGGCUGCAGUGAGCUGACCGAUGGCUGUCUGUCCUACCUGAAGCGUCUGUCCUCUCUGACUCUGCUGGACCUCAGAGGCUGUAAGGGCAUCAGCAGACGAGCCUGCGAUGCUUUCAUCUCUGACCUGUCACACGUUGCCCUCUACUGUAUGAUGGAGGAGAAGCUCAUCCAGCGCCUGGAUUAACAAAGACACUUCCGUACCUGUAUACAGAACAGCGAGUCGGAAUAACUGGGAAACAGUCCGGCCUAGUACAAUCUGUGUGAAGGAGCUAGUGUUACAUGAGGAGAAUUAAAAAAAACUUGUGUAUGCUCAACCUUUUUUGUUUAGGUUGUUUUUCAAAACUUGGAGUUGGUUGUGAGAGCCAUUGAACCAGACCAAACUGACAUUGUGACUACAAAGCUCCUAAAAUGAGUCUUUUGACUCAAAAAAGACCUUUCAGUUGUAUUUGUAUACUGUUGAUGGAGCCUGGCCAGCAUUUUCUACUUGCCUUUGAACUUGGUGCUAACUUUAAAUUGAUAUUUUCAUCUGGCAAGACUACAAAUUAUAAUUUUCCAAAAUGUCAGAAUAUUUCUUUGAAGAGUUUUGACUCCAAAGAUUUCCUUGACCUCUCAAAGUUUCAAAUUCUAUCAUUGCAAAAAUACGCAUAUAAUGUUUAACCAGAAUUCUGGCUUAACAGGAAACUACCUUUUCAGUGUACAGGAUGGGGCGACGCUUUCAAGCAGUCUCAAUAGUUUUGGGGAGUUAUAAUACAGACAAUAGUUGGCUCACUGAACUGGAACAAACCCCACGUGUAAUUGAAUGUUAUUCUGUAUUUGUACAGUAAAUUACAUGUGUGUGUAUAUAUAUAUGUUUAUUUUAUGUUUAACUGAGAUUCAAUCAAUUGACAUUGUACAAUUAUUUUUCUAACAGUGAAAAGUUAAUAAAUGUGAAUGUUUGAACUUUUUUGGUAUCAUUUGUUCAGCAGCUAAAGCAAUGUGUUUCCCCGCAUACAAACACACAGUACUGCAUACUUAACCAUGUGGACUACAGUGGUUUUGAGUCCUCAUUUAUACGUGUGAAGCAGAAUCGGGUCUGGGAAAAACUUGGCGCUGUUCUUUUCUCUUUCACUUUAGUUUGUGGGCAGCAGAGGGUGCUGCUUCA